CCCCCCGCCACGUGUCUUCUUUGUUCUGGAAACACGACACGUCUUCCCUGUCUGAUACUGCUGACUGUGGAGGAGAGCCCCUAAUUUGGGGGAAAAAAGCAGCAAUUCGUUCAUCGAAUUAAGAAUGACCAAAUAUCAUCUUUCUUUACAACUACUCAUCCUUUUUCAGUUCUCGUCUAUAAUUUCAGCAAUCAGGAAGGAUAUCGGGUUCGAACAAAGCAGAAGUUGCAGGAAUACAGUUCAAGGAAGAUAUCUGCUCUCUGACGAUAAUGGGUAUGUAUGUGAUGCGCUAUCAGUGGAUCCACCAUCUCGUUGCUGCCCUGAAAACGGAUUGAGAUUUUCUUGUCAGGGAUGCAACCUUGUUUCACAGUGUUGCAACUCCUAUGAAUUUUGUGUUUCGUGCUGCCUCCAUCCUUCAAGGACACAAGAGGCACAAGUUCUCAAGGUCAAGAUAGCCAAGCCUUCAACUGCAGCAGUGAGUUAUACAAGUGUUUUUGAUUUCUGUGCUGGGAGGUGCCGUCAUAAUUCGGAGAGCGUGGUUCAUGAAAAUGCUUAUCGGAGUGAUUUCCAUCAUUGCUUUUCCCUGCCAUCAAAUUCUUCAGGGGCCAAUUAUACACAAUUAGAAGCAAGGCUCGGUGGAAUUAAUGUUGUAAUUGGAAAGCAAGGUGAGUCCUGUGAUUCAGUUUGCAAGUCAAAUGGACAGUCAUGCGUCUUAAAUAAGCUCCUGGUGCUUAAUCAAUGUGACGUUAUGCAGAAAUAUAUGAGUUGCAAAGGAGGUUGUUUAGCAAGCAUUGGAACAGAUCAACCUGCUGAGGUUGUUGAAGAUGCUCCAAGACACUUGAAUCCAGGAGCAUGCUUGUAUACUCGAACACAAUCAUUGCUUUCCUGUGAUGGUUCACUUUGGCAUACCAGGAGACUUUGUCCAUGUGCUUAGUGUAUGCUUGGAAGUUCUCUUGGUGUCUUGAUUCUCGGGCAUGGAGGAUUGUGAUCACUUUUGUUGUAAUCUUCGCGAAUGUUACUGUUAAGUGUAGAGGUUAUGGGUGGCUGAAGGAAAGGCAGGGAUGAUUGUUCAGAGAAGUUGCCGUUAUCUUUCUUUCUACCUCCUUGUUGUUUUUUAUCAAGAUAAUGUGCACCACAUCCAAAAGAGAUGUGGGAUUGGCUAGGAGCUUAAAAUAUUUGUCCUUGAAAGGUUACAAAAUAUUAAUGGAGGUUUGAUGCUCUGAUGGAGAAGGGUUUUUCUUUUUUUUCUUUUUUUUAAAGAACACAUACAACCACACAAGCCAUAUGUUUCGAUGCAACUGGAGUAUUCCUGCUCGUCAAUUCUGCUGAACUUUUUAUCUCUGCAAUCGUGGAUUGGCUUUCAACUUGAAUUGGCUUUGUAGGAAGGCAAAGGGUAGUUUGCGUGGUACUAAUACCUGCCUGUUCUCAGGUUAUUGGCUCAUUUUGCUCCUGUA